AUGCAGGAGAAAAUAGAUAAAGAGAUGAUUGAAGCCUUGUCAUAAUAUUUCUUAUCUGAGUACCCAGUUAAUGGCUAGCCAAUCUUCUAGGGCCUUUAUGAUACUUUAUAAAACGCUCUAAGAUAAAGGGAAUAAGAAAGGGAUAAAGAAGAGAAGAGUGUGACAAAAGACAAUUCUAAGAAAGCUUCUCCAACACAGCCCUUGUGGUCAAUUAGAUCAUAUAGAACACACAUUUAUUAGAUCAGUAAUAAAUGAGUUCCAGAAGGUUCAUCUCAUGCUUUGCUGAGAAGACCUUUAGUAGAAGGUACUCCUUAUAUUUAAAACCUUUUACUUAGCCUAACUAACUAAAAGUAGCCAAAACAGUACAAAGAAAAAGUACUCUCAUUUUGUCAGAGUCAGAUAGAUUCUGAAAUGAUUGAGGAAACACCUUAGCCUAAUAUAGUCCACGGUCGAAAGGCCAAUAGCGCAGCUAGUUCUCUUAAUCCGGGCACCUAAUGGGAAAAGGAAAAUUAUUGGGUUUAUAAUUUGAAAUUAAAUUUCAUACUAUUAUGGAAGAUAACUCUCAAAUAUUCAUUUCUAAUUUCUUUGUGUGACAUUGUUAAGUGGACCAAAAACAUUCAAUAAAGGGAGCAAUCCUUUUUGAAGGAUAGAAUACAAAAAUGGAUUAAAUUCUUAUUAUUAUUUAAGAAGUGCCAUUAAAUAUUAUUUUGA